CAAUCACUCACCAAGAUUUCAUUUGGAAAAUGCUUUAGACAACACCUUGGGCCGCGAGUCCUCCCACCCAAUCUCCUCGAGUUGGAAUACUAUGACUCCUACUGUGAGAGGAGGUACAAGAUUAGUGAAAGGCAAUCGAUUGUCUCACCUGGCAUGCUUCCACCAUCACUCCGUACUCUGAAGUUGGGUGACUCGCUAACCAGACCUUUGCAGCCAAGAACAUUGCCGCCCAAUCUUGUUAACUUAAAGCUUGGUAACGCAUACAAUCAUCAUAUCGGACCGGGUCUACUACCGUCAUUCCUGGAAACACUUGAGCUUGGUGAAGAAUUCAACCAAUCAUUGGACAAUCUUCCGGCUACACUCAAGAUUCUGAUCUUUGGCGAAUACUUUCAGAAGCCUUUGUUGCCAGGCCAGUUACCACAAUCGAUUACCAACCUUCGCAUGCCAGACAGAUAUUUUCAUUCACUUACCCGCGAGCUGCUCCCUACAUCUCUUACUUCAGUGGUAAACCUUAGAUACUCACACCCAGUUGGCCCAGACACAUUCCCACCAUCGGUCACCGAGCUCGGUAUGUCGUGCAAUCACCAACCUGUACCAUGCACAUUCCCGCCAAGGCUGAGGAAGGUGACUCUUGGUGCAUGCUUCAAAGGUCGAUUUGAACCAAAUGUGUUGCCAGACACUUUGAAAGAGUUAACCGCAUAUUAUCAGUUCAAUUUAUCAUUCGAGCCUGGCUCAUUACCGAGUGGUCUGACUCGAUUGACAUUGGGGAACACCUACAAUCAGAUAAUACCAGCAGGAAUAUUGCCCGAAUCUCUCACUGAGCUACACCUAGGUGAAAAGUAUAACCAGCCAUUGCAAAUGGACGCGCUGCCCCGAUCAUUGCGGAUUAUGAGCUUAGGCAGUGAAUUCAACCAUGCAUGGCAGGCAGGAUUGUUGCCAUCUUCGCUCACCGAUUUGAAGCUGGGAUUGAACUUCAACCAAGACAUCACAUUGGGCAUGUUGCCAGAGUCGUUGACCAGACUGUGUAUCAAUCAAAGCUAUUGUACCAAACUUGAUGCGCCCCACUUGACAAGUCUGGACUACAUGUGCCGUGUCAAGUAUAACCUUAAGGACAUACAAAACUACUCCGUGCAUCUCUAUCCAAGAAUAUCCAACUAUAACCUGUUGGUUUACACUGGAGUGUGCGUACAUGUCCGUAUUCUUUACCUGAGCCUACCAAGUAUAUUGGUCAUCGACUCUAUGUUCCAUGGUUACUUUGUUCAAGGUAAUUCUUGUAUGCGAGGUGGAAACAAUCCAUUCAGCAAGAAAUCGUUGGAAGAGUUAAAGACAUAUCUGUCGUCC